CUUUUCCAUAUAUUUAGUGUUCCACGCAUAUAUUCAUGCAUGCGUAUUGCCUACUUAAGCCACAGGGAAGAUAAAUAGCAGAAUCGUUGUGCAUUGUGUAAUUUACUUAUUAUCUUGUAUAGAUUAUGCAACCUUUUGAAGUAUUUGGUUGUUUCUUGAGACAUUUUAGGCCAAAAAGGGAUGUGCUUCCAGAUGAUAUCAAACAAGUGAUUAAUAACUAUUCGGAAAAUGGUAAGAUGAACGUUAGAAAUCUUAAUGAUUUCUUGAAAGAAAUGCAAGGACAAUCUGAUGAAGACCCUCAUGCCAUAUUUGAAAAAGCAAAGCAUCACAAUCUCCUGCACCACAAAGGCCUCGAUCUCCUUCAAUUUCUCUUUAGCGAUUUCAAUCACCCUCUUAGUCCCAUUCUUGAUGACAUGAAAUCUCCAAUUUCUCAUUAUUAUAUAUAUACCAGCCACAAUACUUACUUAACUGGUAACCAGUUCACAAGUGACAGCAGUGUUAGGCCUAUCAUAAGGGCUCUACAGAAAGGUGUAAGAGGUAUUGAGCUGGAUCUCUGGCCCAAUUCAACCAACACUGAUGUAAAUGUUUGUCAUGGAAGGACUCUGACCUCCUCUGUUAAACUAAGGAAAUGUUUGAACGUUAUCAAGGAGUAUGCAUUCUAUUCUUCGGACUAUCCAGUUAUUAUCACUUUUGAAGAUCAUCUCAACAGAAGUCUACGGGCCAAAGUGGCUAUUAUGGUCAAAAACACAUUUGGAGAUAUGCUGGUUCAACCAAAAAAAGAUUCUAAACUUACCAAACUUCCUUCACCUGCCGAUCUAAAACGAAAGAUUGUCAUCUCAACAAAGCCACCAAAUGAGUCAAUGGAGUCAGAGACUAAUACACCUCAAAAGAAUGUAUCGUUUGCUACAAGUUUCAACUGCUUCCAAAGCAAAGAUGAUUCCGAUGAAAACAGUAAGCAUGAGGAGAUAGAAAUGCAGGGUGAAGUCCCUGAAUACAGGGAUUUAAUCGCUAUCCAUGCGGUCAAACAUCAAGGAGACUUGCAGGAUUCGCUACGUGUUGACCCAAAUAACGUCAGACGUCUUAGCUUGAGUGAACAAGAGCUUGUAGAAGCUUGCAAAGAACAUGGACACCAGAUUGAGAGAUUUACGCAGAAUAAUAUACUGAGGGUGUACCCAAAGGGGACACGUCUUGAUUCGUCUAAUUACAAUGCAUAUCAUGGUUGGAAGCAUGGAGCACAAAUGGUUGCGUUUAACAUGCAGGGAUACGGAAAGAAUCUGUGGUUGAUGCAAGGUAUGUUCAGAGCCAACAAGGGUUGUGGCUAUGUCAAGAAACCGAAGUUUUUAUGUGAGGGUGAUCCAACAUUUUAUCCUCAUGAAGUCAAGAAAAUUUUGAAGGUUAAAGUUUACAUGGGAGAAGGAUGGCAUUUGGAGUUUCAUCAUGCUCACUUUGAUUACUGUUCCCCACCAGACUUCUAUGCAAAAGUGGGAAUUGCUGGAUAUGAGGAAGAUAAAACUCCAAGAAUGUAUAAGACUAAGUCCAUUGAGGAUGAUUGGUGGCCGAUAUGGGAUGAGGUGUUUGAAUUUCCAAUAAGAGUCCCAGAAUUGGCUUUGUUAAGGAUUGAGGUUAAAGAUAAUGAUACUACAAAGAAACACGAGUUCGGAGGCCAAACUUGCCUGCCUGUUUCCGAGUUGAGAUCUGGCAUACGUUGCGUCCCUUUGUACAAUAGAAAAGGCGAAAAGUACAAGUUCAUAAAGCUUCUCAUGCACUUUGAAUUCACAGUUCCCAUUAGUGAUACUUAGAUCAUCUGCUACUUGCUAAAACCACAUCCAUUGGAUUCAAUUCAUCUUUGAUUAUGUUCAACUAGUUAGUACUAAUCAAUGGGACCAUGCAAUA